AUGUCCGACCCGAUUGAACACCAUGAUAUUCUAAUUCUCGGCGCCGGCCUUUCUGGUAUCAACACCGCCCAUGUCCUUAACGAAAAACUCCCCAAUCGCUCGUACACGAUCCUCGAGGCACGAGAAGCCAUUGGCGGAACAUGGCGCUUCUUUCGAUACCCAGGCUUCCGGUCCGACUCGUUCAUGACUUCAUUCGGUCUACCAUGGCACCCAUGGAGACACGAGCACAAGAUGGCACAAGCUGGAGAAAUCAUCGAGUAUCUAGAAGAGGCCGUGGAUGCUGCUGGUAUAAGAGAAAAGAUUUGGUUCAACCACAAAAUGACGGCGUGUGAAUGGCGAACUGACGAGCAAAACUGGAGACUAGAGGUCGAGGCGGAUGGCCAGCGCAAGACGUUUAUCGCAAACUUUGUCAUCAGCUGCGUGGGGUAUUAUUCAUACGACAAGGCUUUUGAGACGACAAUUCCCGGCAUAGAGGACUUUGGAGGCAAAGUCGUUCAUCCUCAAUGGUGGCCUGAAGACUUGGACUACUCGAACAAAAGUGUUGUUGUCAUCGGGUCAGGGGCUACGGCAAUUACAGUCGUUCCAUCACUUGCCGAAAAGGCCAGCAUGGUGACUAUGCUUCAGCGCAGUCCCUCGUUCAUCAUCUCUCGACCUGUAACAUCCAAUCUCGACUUUUGCCUACGCACGCUUCUUCCUUGGUCAUGGGCAUACUGGCUUAUUUACUGGAAAGAUGUCCUGAUGGAACUUAUCAGCACCCAAAUACUCCUCAAAUUUCCUAAGCUCGGCCGCAAGCUUCUCAUGGGAGAAAUGCAGCGCGAAUUGCCAAAAGACGUUGAUGUCAAUGUCCACUUCAACCCCGCCUACAACCCUUUCGAACAGAGAUUAUGUAUGUGUCCCGAAGGAGACUUCUUCAAAGCUCUGCACAGAGACAACUGUGAAAUCGUGACAGACACCAUCCAGACUGUCACAAAAGACGGCAUUCUCCUCAAAUCCGGUCGCAAACUCGAAACCGACAUCAUUGUCACUGCAACAGGCCUGCACUUUCAGCUUUUCGGUGGCAUUGUCCCGUCAGUAGAUAGCCAGCCUCUUGAUGUCGGCUCACAUUAUACUUGGCGUGGCUGCAUGGUCGAUUCCCUUCCCAACAUGGGUUUCGUGAUGGGCUACGUGACCACUUCGUGGACACCUGGUGCUGUUCUCAUGGCUAAGCUAUUGACAAAGGUCAUCAAGGAGAUGGAAAAGACAGGGUCGAGAAGUGUCAUGCCUGUACUCGAUGACAAGGACAGACUCAAGCCGAAGAAGUUGCCCGUUAAUGCCACAAGCAACUACUUUGUCAAGGCUGCAGAGCGCAUGCCAAAGGUUACUAACGAAGGCCCGUGGUAUGGACGAGUGAGCUUGGCCAAAGAUUGGUGUGCGUAUAUGUUGGGCGAUGUAACGGGCGGUCUUCUCUAUAGCGGAGGACAAGGGAAGAAGGACAUUUGA